AUGAAUCCAGUAGAUCCUACAGUAGAAAAUGAAGUGCCACUAUCUAACGUAAAUCAUGAAGUUCCACAAAUUUCUGAAGUAAAUAAUGAGGUUCCACAAGAUCAACCAAAUAUGACAUCUGUUGCUGUUGAUGCUUCUCUUAGUACUGAUGCUUCUCCUAGUGCAAUAGGAACGAGAAAGUUAACAUCUAAUGUUUGGAAUCAUUUUCGAAGAAAGAAAGUUAAUGGAAUGGAUAAGGCAAUUUGCAAUUAUUGUGAGAAACCUCUUUCUGGCAAUCGUAAACAUGGGACAACACAUUUACGUGAGCAUUUCAAAAUUUGUCCAAGACGAACUGUUAGUGAUAUAAGGCAGAAAAUACUAAUUAAAGAGAAAAACAAGGGAGAUUUUGUUAUUAAAAGCUUUCAAUUUGACCAAGAAACCUCAAGGUGCAUGCUUGCUAAAAUGAUAAUUUUACAUGAGUAUCCAUUAACAAUAGUGGAGCAUCAUGGAUUUCAUAAGCUUUUAGCAAGUCUUCAACCUUUGUUCAAGGUUCCAUGUCGCAAUACCAUUAAGAGUGAUAUAUUGAAAUUGUAUGAUUAUGAAAAGACAAAAGUAUUGAGCUUGUUGGAAUGUAAUAAAGGUAGGAUUGCUUUAACCACCGACAUGUGGACUGCAUCUAAUCAGAGGAAGGGAUUUUUGGCUUUGAUAGCUCAUUUCAUAGAUGAUAAUUGGACUUUGCAAAGUCGUAUUUUGAGGUUUGCUUAUGUUCGCUCUCCACAUACUUCAGAAGUCCUUGCUAAUGUGAUAGUUAAGUCUAUGAUGGAUUGGAAUAUUGAUAGGAAUAUAUCCACCAUUACUGUUGAUAAUUGCUCUACUAAUGAUUCUCUUAUAAACAAUGUGUUGCAUAAACUUGAUCAUUCUACACUUAUGCUAGGAGGGACUUUAUUUCAUAUGCGUUGUGCUGCUCAUAUUUUGAAUUUAGUUGUCCAAGACGAUUUGGAUGUCAUUGCACCUAGUGUUGAGAAAAUUCGUGAAAGUGUUGCAUAUUGGAGAGCAUCACUUAAAAGAGAGCAAAAGUUUGAUGAUGUGGCACGGAUAAUGUGUUUGCUCGUCUGA